AUGACCGCGCACCCAUUCUACGUCCUAGUGACCGGCGCAACCGGCUUCAUCGGCGCGCAUGUUGUCGAUAACCUCCUAGCCAAGGGCCUGAAAGUCCGCGGCUCAACCCGAUCAAUUAAGAAGGGCGAAGAAAUGAAAGCCGCACGCCCGCAGUACGCCUCGCAACUCGACUUCGUCGUCGUGGAAGACUUCACCAAGAUCGGCGUCUUCGACUCAGUGAUGGAGGGCAUUGAUGCUGUCAUCCACGUCGCUAGCCCUUUCUUCUACAACACAACCAACAACGAAGAAGAACUCAUCCUCCCCGCAAUCAACGGCGUGAAAUCCAUCCUGACCGCGUCCGCAAAGCCCGGUACAAACGUCAAGCGGAUAGUCCUCACCUCCUCCUUCGCCUCAAUCGUCGAUGUGAACAGCACCCCGGGCCCCGAUUUCACAUACACCGCGCAAAACUGGAACCCACUCACCUACGAAGCGGCCGCCUCCCCAACAGCCACCUCCGUCGAAGCAUACCGCGGCUCAAAGAAAUACGCCGAAUUAGCAGCGUGGGAGUUUAUCAAGACCGAGAACCCACCCUUCGACCUCGUCACCUUGUGUCCGCCAAUGGUCUUUGGACCUGUCGUCCACCCCGUGGCCAACAUCGAAUCACUCAAUGAGUCCAACGCCGGUCUUUGGGCUGUCGCUGCGGGUGUGGACCCGUUGCCCGGAGCCCGUGUCCCUGCAUGGAUUGAUGCGCGGGAUCUAGCCGAGGCGCAUGUUCAGGCGCUGCUGAGACCGGAGGCGAGUGGGAAGCGAUUCUUGCCUGCGGCGCUGGAACCAUUUUCUUACGAGUAUGCGGCGGAUAUCAUCAAGGAGAACUUUGAGUGGGCGAGGGGUGUCGUUACGGAUAAUUAUGUUUCGGGGACAAAACCUACUUUCCCGUAUGGUGUUGAUGGGCAGACGGUGGCGGAUGAGUUGGGGGUUAAGUAUCGCAGUUUCCAUGAGACGGUUAGUGAUUUUAUUGGGCAGGUUAAGGAUAAAUUGGCGUGA